AUGUGUGUUACACGUACGACGAUCUUCGUGGCCGUUGUGAUCGCAGUGGCCUGCGUUAAUUCCGAGGAAUCGCGGUCACCGGUGGAAGAGGAAUAUAAAUCGAACGUCACGCAGUAUUACAGUAAUAAUUCAACAACGAAUUCGACGAUCACAGAUGAUAAAAAUUUCUGGGAAUGGUUGUAUGGUUUCGUAUCAAACGCAGGAUCUGUAACAACACCUACGCCUAUUAGCACAACCGAACCUCCGGAACCAGUUAAGCCUCCUGCUAACUGUUUACCUUGCAAAUGUGGAAUAACGAAUACACAGAGGAGGAUAGUAGGAGGUGUUGAGACUAAAGUCAAUCAAUAUCCAUGGAUGGCAUUAAUGAUGUUCAGGGGUCGAUUCUAUUGCGGUGGAUCAGUUAUAAAUUCCCGUUACGUACUAACCGCCGCACACUGCGUUGACAGGUUCGACCCGAAUUUCAUAUCGGUGAAGAUAUUGGAACACGAUCGUAACUCCACGACGGAGACGGAGACGCAAGUGUUCAAAGCCGAAAAAGUGAUCAAGCACAGUGGUUAUUCAACGACCAACUACAAUAAUGACAUCGCGCUUGUCAAGUUGAACGAUAGCAUUCAAUUCGAGGGGAAGAUGAGACCUGUCUGUCUUCCCGAACGAGCAAAAACUUUUGCUGGAAUGAACGGCAUAGUGACAGGCUGGGGAGCGACCGCGGAAUCCGGAGCCAUAUCACAGACUCUCCAGGAAGUGAAUGUCCCAAUUCUGUCGAAUGCCGAGUGCCGUACGACUAAGUACCCUGCGCGAAGGAUCACGGACAACAUGCUCUGCGCAGGCUACGAGGAAGGGAAGAAGGAUUCAUGUCAGGGUGACAGUGGUGGCCCGCUACAUAUCAUCAGGGAGAACACGUACGACAUAGUUGGAGUCGUGUCCUGGGGCGAGGGAUGCGCGAAACCCGGCUACCCCGGCGUUUACAGCCGUGUGAAUCGUUACCUCACGUGGAUCGCGCAAAACACCGAGGACGCGUGUUAUUGUUGACCCGACGCAUGCGAGAUCACUCAUUAAUUGACUGCGAAUUUUUAUGUCAAAUAAAACAUUUGUAGUAACAAUUCAAGAAAUACGAUAUAGAUAGAAAUUUUAUGCAUUUAAGCUUUUGAUAUUUUAUUUAUUUUUAUAAAUAUUUUAUAUUUUCUACAUAGUCGAUUUUUCUAUAAGCAUAAAAUCCGCAGUCCAUUCAUUCUUUUUUUAUUCUUGUUUUAUAUUAAAAUCAGGUUAUCUUGAGGCCGUCGAUGAUUCAUUGAUAUCUAUUGAUCUGUUUCUAUUAUAUUUCUAUAAUUGUU